CUCAUGAUGGCUCCUGCGCUCGCGUCGCAUGGUCUUUUUGUUGUUGUUGUUGCCGCUUUUCAAACGGUGAAUUUGUUUAAAUCGCAACGCGCGUGUAAAUCGUAGCUGCUUUUACUCGUGUCGGAUCCUCCGCGGGCAAAACCAGGAUGGACAGUUAUCGAUAGAGCAACUCAUCCAGUGUAUGCAGCUGUGUUCUGUUGAUUGACUGGAAAUGAAUAAAAUCAGGGACAAUACCUAAUACAGAGUGUAAGAUUGUCUGCCUAUGAUAUGGUGUCCUGAUGUGUUCUGAGCAACAUAUUGUGGAGGUACAGUGCUAUAACAAUUGCUUGCUGACAUGGUAUUUUCCCAGACAUUUCCCAAACUGUUGUUGGAAAAAGACUUGAGAAUGUCUAAGUUAAAAAAGCGCAGCGUGUCGAGGUUGCUACAACCGGAAUAUUUCUGAGAGUUUUGAAAGCCAUGGAUAGAUGUAAGCAUGUGGGGCGGCUGAGACUGGCCCAGAAUCACUCCAUUUUGAACCCCCAGAAGUGGCAUUGUGUGGACUGCAACACCACCGAGUCUGUUUGGGCCUGUCUUAAAUGCUCCAAUGUGGCGUGUGGCCGCUACAUCGAAGAGCAUGCACUCAAACACUUUAAGGAAACUCGGCAUCCGCUGGCCAUGGAGGUCAAUGAACUCUAUGUCUUUUGUUAUCUCUGUGACGACUACGUGUUGAAUGACAAUGCCACAGGGGACUUAAAACUGUUGAGAAGCACGUUGAGUGCAAUAAAGAACCAAAAGUACAGUUCGACGGCACGCAAUGGCAGGGCACUGCGAUCUUUGGCUUGUGGGGCAUCUCCUUGUACUUUGCAGAAGGGCAAGAAGGGGCAGACUCACAGUAUGGAGCAGAUGUUCACUGCCCUCUGGCACAGGAGGCAGUCUUUACUAACGAAGGCGAUGCGCACUUGGUUUGAGCAGACCACCAGCGGUAAGCGUCGACUCGAGGAGAAGCGGCUGCAGGAGGAGAUGGAGAGGCGGAAGGAGGAAGCGAGGAAGCGCAGGCAGGAGCUGAAACGCAAGUUCAUGGAGGAGCUGGCCAACACUCCUCCGAGGAAGAGCGCGCGGAUCCUAUUUCAGAUUCAGAAGGAGGAACAUAUCUCAAGAAAAUGCAAAAAACCAACUGUAAGAAAGGUGCUACUAACUGCCCCUACCUCAAAACGACAAAGGAACAAAAUGAAGCGCUAUUAUGCUGCCAGGCGUAAGCCCGUGGUAACACCCGGUGUUACGGGUCUAAGGAACCUGGGUAACACCUGCUACAUGAACUCCAUCCUGCAAGUGCUGAGCCACUUGCAGAAGUUCAGAGAAUGUUUCUUAACCCUUGAUCUCUGUGAGACUGAAGAAUUACUGGCCAGGACCACGAAUGGGAAAACGAGGUUGUCCAACAAGGUCACUCUGGGGAUUGGUCCUGCUCAUUGCUUAGCGGAAAGAAAGGAUCAUGUGGGAACUUCAGGGAGAUACAGUAUGCCAUCUGGUUUGAACGGAGGUGCCUCGGUGGCCAGGAGCCUGGAACUGAUUCAGCCCAAGGAGCCUAGCUCGAAGCACAUCUCUCUUUGCCAUGAACUUCACACCCUCUUCCGAGUGAUGUGGUCUGGGAAGUGGGCUUUGGUGUCCCCGUUUGCUAUGUUACACUCUGUAUGGAGCCUGAUCCCAGCGUUCAGGGGCUACGGUCAGCAAGACGCUCAGGAAUUUCUCUGUGAGUUAUUGGACAAGGUGCAGCAGGAGCUGGAAUCGGAAGGCACAAAGCACAGGAUCCUCAUUCCAUUCUCGCAGAGGAAGCUCACCAAGCAGGUUCUCAAGGUGGUGAACACCAUCUUCCAUGGGCAGCUGCUCAGUCAGGUCACAUGCCUGACAUGCAACUACAAAUCCAACACAAUUGAACCAUUUUGGGAUCUUUCACUGGAAUUUCCAGAGCGAUAUCAUUGUCUUCAGAAGGGUGCGAACCAGCAUAAAGAAUGCACCCUUACAGAAAUGCUGGCAAAGUUUACAGAAACCGAGGCGCUGGAGGGGAGGAUUUACGCCUGCGACCAGUGUAACAGGAAACGGCGAAAAUCCUCACCAAAGCCUCUCGUCCUGACAGAAGCUCAAAAACAGCUAAUGAUAUAUAGACUACCUCAGGUCCUCCGUUUGCACCUUAAACGAUUCAGCUACUGUGUUUUUAGGUGGUCUGGGCGCAACCAUCGUGAAAAGAUAGGGGUGCACGUCAGCUUCGACCAGGUGUUAAACAUGGAGCCUUACUGCUGCGAAGGUUCUUCCUCCAUUCUCGGCAAAGAAAGCUUCAUCUAUGACCUCUCGGCUGUGGUGAUGCAUCAUGGGAAAGGAUUUGGCUCAGGACAUUACACUGCAUACUGCUACAACACCGAGGGAGGAUUUUGGGUCCACUGUAAUGACUCCAAGCUAAAUGUGUGCAGUGUGGAGGAAGUUUGCAAGACCCAGGCCUAUAUUCUCUUUUACACUCAAAGAACCGUGCGGAGCAAUGUGGAGUUUGUCUCAAAAAUGCAUUCUGAACCUCAGGUGCCAACUCGGAAUACAGAAAAGAACAGGAGACUGACCUUCCCCUGAAUAUAAAUCUUUACUGGAAUCCUCUGAAGCCACCAGGCAUCGUCCGGCGGGAUUCACGUUGGGGCUGAUUAAACGCUGUUGUGUUCUCAUGUGGGCUACACAAAAUGCCCUAGGGCUCGUUUACUGAAGCGUAUAUAGCUUUCCUAUGCAUACAAUGGUAGGGUUUAAUUCUGUACUUGUCAAUUAAAAAAGUGGUCUUUUCAAAGUGUCUAUCUGCCCCAAGCAGGUGAUAUGGCUGUCUGCUAUAUUAACAGUCUUGCCGUCAGGUCUCUCUGGAUAUUAUUUCCAUUGUUGUAGGUUUUGUCUCGUAAUUUGUGUUACUAGUUGGUCUUUCAAUGCCACCAUUUCGCACUCUCAUCUUCAUCCUCCAUCUCCCAGAAGGUGCCUUUGUUUGCCACUUGGUUCAUUCAGUGAUGCAGGUACACAGGUUUCAGCAUUUUCCCAAUGUAAAAGACGUUCCCCCGUGGGGCCGAUCACUGACUGUGUUCACGCAAUGAUCCAGGGGCUGUCCGGCCUAUCACACUGAAUGUUCACUACUUAGCACAGGCUCCAGCAGACCCUCUACGACUGACUGCCAAAGUCACAGAGCAACAGGGAAGCCUUGUCCUUUUUGCUCCCGCUACGUGACUUCACACUUCCACCAGAAAGACUUGCGUUGUGAUGAGUUACUGUCACAGCACCAGUCCGCUUGCCAGGGACACCAGCAGCUCCUCCACGCAGCCCGCGAGGAAGUCACCUUCUAUGGUAAAGUGAAACCCCGGCCAGAUUCAAAACACGUGAGUGUUGGGAGCAAACGUGGGUGAAGUGAUUUCGCACUAAUGGUUCCGUAAUGAGGCUGCUGGAUUUUAUACAAGAGUAGGAAUUGUUAGUAUUAUGGACAAAAGAACUCUGCCACUAAGGCAGUGUAUGUGUAGCUGAUCAUGCAGCUCUGUAAAUGUAAAUUAAGAAUUUUUGAAAUAAAUGUGGGAGAUUAAAUCAUUUUUAUUCAAUGUGAUCUUGUGUGUGAGUAUUGUAGAUUACUGGUUUUUGCUUCUGAAAAUUGUGAGACCUCUGUGUUCACUAUAUUUUGGUUCACAGUAAGGGUUUUGUAAGAUGCAGGGGACAUUGUUCAGAACAAAAUAGGAAAUGCAACAUUUGACUGCCCAGUCGCCUGUAAAGUAAAAAGUUUAAAUGUCCACUGAGCUUUCAGAGAAGUGUACCUCAAAGGCCGGUUGUUCCAGAGGGGUUGAACAUAGACGGCUAGAGUUCCUGUGUUACACACACAAAAUGCUGGAGGAACUCAGCAGGUCAGGCAGCAUUUAUGGAGGGAAUAAUCUGCUGAGGCAGUCUUGAUGAAGGGUCUCGUCCCCCAAUUUCUGGCAUUUCAGGCAGCAAUGGUGGUCCUUCAUCUGUGAUGGGGUUCAGGGCAUCCUUCAUUGUGUCAGUAACUUCCUCUCUGUUUUCACUACGGUCAGUCAUGCAAGUCCCAGGUGGAGACUUGGGAAUACCGUCACUCUCAGAUGCAGGAGGAUUAUUGGAUUCUUCAUUGCCAUUUCCUUAACAGUUUUGUUUCACCAGUCAGGGUUGUUAGCCGUGGGCUGAGCCCCUGAACCUGGAGGACCAGUGGACCACUCUUAGUCUGACCUCUACCCUUUGACCUGUUUGGCCUGGGUGACCCUACCAAGAGCCAAAGCAUAAAGUCCUGACUCCAGCCAGCAUAGCUCUCCAAGUCAUUGAAGCACACAAGUCUCCAAACCACGACAUGGUUGUGGUCCUCUUGGAGGUUGUCCCAAAAUGUUGACUGUUUAUUUCCCUUCCACAGAUGCUGCCCGACCUACUGAGUUCCUCCAGCAUUUUGUGUGAGUUGCUCUGCAUUUCCAGCCUCUGCAGAAUCUCUUGUGUUUAGGAGUUCCUGUGCUCGUUGAUGGGGUCAGUUAACUGGUGUGAUGGUGGCAGUAUCCCAGGACUGGAUUGGUGCCGGUCUCGGUGACUCUUGCACGAAGUUGUGUGCGUGCUGUCAGUCAGAUCCGGGUGAUGCGGGAUGCGCAGGAGAUACGCUUGUUCAAUGGGAGUGCAGCAUCAGAGAAGGGAAAUAAGCGUGUGUUAGUCGCUGUGUUAGCAGUUCAGAACCAAGAACUGCUCUUGGGUUUUGGUACUAGGUUAGUGAAGGAUUAAUGAAAUACCUUUUGUUUCUUGACUUUUUGUACUGUACAGCAGCUAAUUUAGGUAUAGUUUCAUCAGGGUUUUCAAUAUUACUGAACUUGUUGUUUGUUUUUGCACGUGAGUGGUUUCAAGAUAUUAAAAAUCUAUCUCUCCGUCUUUAUUCUGUCCUGAAAGCACUCACUCAAACUAGACACUGUGCCAUGUCUGUGAAAUAGAUCUCAGCCAACGUCCUUUUCUUAUCCUCCGUCCGACAGCUUAAAGUGCAAUCGUUAGACAACACACUGAAUGGCCACUUUAUUAGGUACAGGAGUGGAAACCGGAACGACCGUCUACUGCUGUAGCCCAUCCACUUCACGGUUCGACAUGUUGUGCAUUCAGAGAUGCUCGUCUGCACACCACUGUUAUUUGAGUUACUGUUGCCCUCCUAUCAGCUUGAACCAGUCUGGCCAAACUCCUCUGACCUUUUCAUUACAAGGCGUUUUCACCCACAGAACUGCUACUCAUUGGAUGUUUUUUGUUUGUCACACCAUGCUUUGUGAACUCAAGAGUAGGCGUUCCUAACCUUUUAUAUCUCAGGGACCCCUACCGUUAACCAAGGGGUCCAUGGACCCCAGGUUAGGAACCCCUGCACUAGAGACUACUGUGCAUGAAAAUCCCAGGAGAUCAGCAGUUUCUGAGAUACUCAGGCCACCCCGUCUGGCACUAAUAAUCAAACUCAAAGUCAAAACAAUCACAAUCAAAGUCACUUAGAUCACAUUUCUUUCCCAUUCUGAUGUUUGAUCUGAACAACAACUGAACCUUUUGACUGUGUCUGCAUGCUUUCAUGCAUUGAGUUGUACCAUGUGAUUGGCUGAUUAGACAUUUGCAUUAACAAGCAGGUGUACCUAAUAAAGUGGCCAGUGAACGUAGAGAAGGCAGUUCAGUGUUUGUGGAGACUAGACGUUUAAUUUCACUUCCCAAUUUAACUUCCCCCAUGUUCAUUAUUGCAUUGCAAAGCAUCUCAUCUUAAUCACUCCUUCCCCCUCAUGCUUUCUACCAUAAAACUCCUUGAGCUUUAUUUGUUUUCAAUAUCCACUUUCACUUCAUGCAGCCGGUUUGAACAGGUUUAAUGCCUUUUGCUCUGCUUCUUGUAAGGUGAUUCAGACCGCACGGGCUGCUUGUUACAUGGCUGACUACUUCAGCAGUAAAAGCACUGUAUUCUUUAUUCACCCUCUGUAUGUCCCUUCUCUGCCUCGCGGCAACUGCAGCGCUCUCGACAAGCAACGAUGCCAAUGCAGAAUAUAGAACAGUACAGCACAGUCCAGGCCCUUUGGCCCACAGUGAUGUGCCGACCUUCUCUCGUACUCCAGGAUCAAUCUAACCCUUCCCUGCCACAUUGCCCUUCAUUUCUCUGUCAUCCAUGUGCCUAUCUUAGCUAAUGUGUCUGUCUCUACCACUGCCCCUGGCAGUGUAUUUCAUGCACCCAUCACUUACCUCUGACAUCCUCCCCUGCACUUUCCUCCCAAUAACUUAAAAGUUUUGCCCACUUGUAUUAGCCGUUUCUGCCCUUGGAAAAAGUCUCCGGCUGUCCAGAUGUUCAGACCGAACAUCAGAAUGGGGAAGAAAUGUGAUCUAAGUGACUUUGACCGUGGCGCCAGAUGGGAUGGUUUGAGUAUCUCAGAAAAUGCUGAUCAUCUUGUAUGCUUCAAUCAAGUCACCUCUCAUCCUCCGCCUUUCCAAAGAACAAAGCCCUAGCUUGUUCAACGUGUCCUCAUAGGACAUGCUCUUUAACCUAGUUAGCAUCCUGGUAAAUCUCCUCUGCACUUUCUGUAAAGCCUCCAUGUCCUUCCUAUAGUGAGGCACCCAGAAAUGAACACAAUUCUCCAAAUGUGGAUUUUAUGGAGCUGCAACAUUAUCUCAUGGCUCUUGAACUCAAUUCCCCCGACUAAUGAAGAACAACGCACCAUAAGCCGCCUUAACCGCUCUCAACUUGCACAGCAACUUUGAGGGAUCUAUGGUCGUGAACCCCAAGAUCCCACUAUUCCUCCACACUGUUGACGAAUCCUGCCAUUAGCCCUGUAAGCUGCCUUCCAAAGUGAAGUGAACUUUUCCGGAUUGAACUCCAUCUGCCACUCUCCCAGCCCAGCCCAGCAUCUUGUUAAUGCCCCAUUGUAACCCACGCCAACCUUCGUCACACUCCACAACACCGCCAACCUUCGUAUCAUCUGCAAACUUGCUAACCCACCCUUCAACUUCAUUUAUAAAAAUCGCAAAGAGCAGGGGGUCCCAGAGCAGAUCCCCAUAUGCAAACCUUUUGCAUUCUAUCGGUAUUAUCAAAAAGGCACAAUUUGAACCAUAUCUCAGCAAUAAACUGGAUCAGCAAUGAUAAACCCAGUGAAUGUUUUAACUGUGAUGCAGAAGUGCUGGCGUUGAAUCCAGAGAGAUCACUGUUUUUUUUCUAAUGUGAGUCUAAGUCCACUCAUCUGUGAGUCUGUGCUGAAUGCAAAUCUUUACACAUCAAUGAGAGAAGGGCUGGUCCCUGCGUCUGGGACCCACAUGUUAGUUGUAACUUUGUCCCCUGCAUCUGUAAUCCACUUAGAUGCACAAGAGCUAUAUGGGUUUCUGUAAACGAGUCCUGAGCACACCUAACAGGUACGGCUAGUGCUUGCUUUGAAGGUUUUUUAAAAUCUCCUUUUACCCUUUCGGAUUGUGCGACUGGUUUUGUGUUGCGUCCAAUUUCCUUUGCAGUCCUGAGACAAGGUUGUAAUCAGCGGCUUUUUCACAAGCACUGGAACUGUAUGUGUUCUUUUUUUUCCAGCUCGACACUGGUUUUAGGUGGAGCUUCAGACUAAUAAACUUUGUCUCAACACAUUUCGGGCAAGAUCUGUAAUACAAAGUCGGUGCUAAAGAUUCAAUUAAUCGAAAGCUCACCAUUGUCUAAGUCCACACGAAUAUGUAAGACGUAACAUUUUAUUUUACACCCUCAAGAUGCCCCUCAGUUAAAAUCCAGUUUGCCUGUUGGUAGUAGUGAACAGGAGGGAAUGUGAAGUCAGGGGCACAAGAGAUUGCACAUGCUGGAAUCUGCAGCAACAAUCUGCUGAAGGAACUCAGCAAGUUGUGCACCAUCUGGUGGGGUGUGUGGUUUGGUAGAAGAAAUUGUUGACCAUUUAUGACGAGGCCCUGAAUCGGGAUCAAAUCCUGACCAGGAACAUUAACAAUUCUCUUCCCCUGUACCCCCACCUCUCCACUACCACCACCCCAUGGAUGGGAUUUUGGUGCUUGACCUGCUGUGUUCCUCCAGCUGAUUGGUAGUUGCUGCAGGAGGAUUUAUUAAAAUAAAAUCUCGCACUAGUGCAGCCCCCAAACUAAGUAUUUUUCCCCUUGAGUCUUCCUCUGUAGUUCAUUUUGUCUAUGGUUUCUACUGCAGUCGAUAGUUGGUGCGAAUGUCCCAAAUGGCUGGGUGUCAAAAUUACAGAGCAGGAUCCUACCAAUUAACUCCACGAUUAAAACUGAAAUUACCUUCCUUAGUUAUUUCUACAUUUUCUCCGGAUCCUUUGAUACCUCUUCCACUGUUUCCCCUCCUCCUUUAAAAACUAAAUCACUGGAGGAAGACAGUAGGCCAGGCAGGGUCUGUGUGGGGAAAUAUUGCAGUCGGCCAUUUCAGUUCAAGACCAUUAAUUUUCUGCAAGAUGCAGAUGUGCUGAAUUCCUCUAGCAUUCUCUGCGUUGCUCCAGGUCCCGGUAUCCGCCAUCUGGUGCAUCUCCUUUUCAGUGCAAAGCUUGAAUUCACCGUCCAUCGCAGCCUUUUGGAGCAAUGUUCUGCCAACGUCCGCUUGUGGAUUAACAGCAUCUUGAUUUCACCCCCUAAUGAAAACUCUUAUUUUAAAAUUAAUUUGCGCCACAUAAAAUCCAUGAAACUGCCUUUCCCAGCAUCUAGUCUCCGGCCUUCAAAUUUCCAUGAUUUCUUUUGUGCCCACAGCUGUAAUCCUCUAAUUCCGGCCUUCUGCUCUUUCACUGUACACGGCUGUAACUCCGUCUGUCUCAAGACCUAAGCUCUGGAAUUAAUGCUUUAAACCUCUCCAUCUCUGUUUUAGUUGUCUGAAAUCUUGUGUUGACCAAACCUUGGGUAAGCUCGUUAGUCUCAAAUGUUGGCUGAUAGUAUCACUGUGAAGUGGUUGGGGGAGAUUUACCUUGUUAAAGUUAUCCUAUCAAUCCGUGCCAUAGGAAAGAACUCUGUACUCAGAGAAUCCUUUAAACGACUUGAGCACUGUUUUUAUCUUCACAUUUUGCAUAAAUCAGGAUUAUUGAAAAGAUUAUUGUCUGCUUUUAAUUAACUUGCUUACUCAGAUUGAGAUUACAAUUUCCCCUCUAUGCCAUUAUAAAUGUGUUUGAAUUCAAAUUACUGAACAAUUUGGAUUCUGAAUGAUCCGAAAAGGACUCGUUUUGCACAUCCUCUAAGAUUCAUCUUUCAGAUCUAAGCAACUUAGGGACAAAUAUUGGUUAUAUGUGUACUGGUGGGAGUCCAUUGUGGCAGAGAUGGACUGAUUAGUUUCAUUUUGUGUGUUGUCUACAUGUCAGAGCAAUGGAAAGGGCUGUAGUUCUUUUUACCUUUUUAUAGAAGAUUUGGCUCAUCUUUUUGGGAAAGUAUUGAGGCCUGUAAUUUUUUUUAAAGUCAAGCUUUAAACAAGAAUAUCCAAAAUAGGGAUUGUAAUUUUAACGUUCUGCCACAUGAUGCCAGCAGUGAGCAUUCUUAAGUUGUGUCUGAUCUAUGAAGCAAUAGUUAUAUUGAACUACAAUAUUCAAAAAAAGUUCUUGAUGCGAGGGGAGGGGUGCUGAAGAUAGUCUUUAAGAAUUUUUUCUUUAUCUUUAUUUAAAAUAAUUCCCCUUCUCGUUUUCAUGAUGUGCUCCUACCUCUAACAGAACACACUGCCCAUGUGUUCCCCGGUGACAGAUUAUAAUUCCCCGUUUGCGGAAUUGUCUUGUAAGGAAUGUAGAAUUCUCCCAUUUGUCGACCUGAAUACAGUUCUCAAUAGCUGCUUCAGCAUUAAACCCAUCUGUCAGCUGCAUUGGAAAAUUGCAUUUGCUACCUUUUCGUACGUGUUAAAUAGAAAUUUACCGUAAAUGUACUCCUCUUCUGAACCCCCAUUUGCUGCAUUAAUAUAAGGGGUUGAUAGCUUUUGGUUAAUCUGUGACCUGCUGUAACCUGUUAGACAUUUCAGUCUACUGCCUAAGCUAGACAUCUCUCCUCAACAGCAACAUCGCUCUGUAAUAAUUACACAUUCUGUUUCCCAGUGUUCGCUUUAAAUCCUCCUGUUCGUUUUGGUAAGUCUUGUUGCAUACCUGACUAGUUUUCCUAGACUCUCAUUCAUGUUAGUUUUAUUUUUAAAUUAGAUUAUAGCCUACUUGUAGACGGCUUGAUAUUUUUUGAAAAUAUAUUAAUUUAAAUGUUUCCAUUGUCGUGAACACUACAAUAAUUGGUACAAAGAGAAUUGUAUCUAAGACUUUGACAGGUAUAUUGUAUGUUGUACUUUUCGUUUGUGAGGACUGUCUUCAUUCCCUUCACGCACUUGCACUCUAUACUGCGGCAGCUGAGACGAGCAUGUAUUAAGCCUGGAGGAGACACAGUCUUUAUUGUGAAUACCCACUGUCACCUUACAACUUGAUGUCAAGGACUGUCACCUUCUGGAUUCAAACAACACAAGACUGUGAUGGUGCUGACUGCUCUUUGCAUCUGUGAAUACGAACUGUUCUUAACCAGCAGAUUUUAAAAAGAACACAUAUAUACUAGUGUACAUUUUUGUGAACUUCAUAAUGUAAUAUAUACAUGAAGAUUGUUUUUUUAAAAAAAAUUGUCUGGUUUCUUUUAUGUCAUUGUUUUUAUAAAAACAAGGUUUUACUCAGGCCUUUUGUUACCAGGUCCGCAAGGAGGUGUCGUCCAAGUUCCCUCCUAUCGUUUACUGCCCUGCAUUUGGAAAGCCCCAGAUACACAGGCAGGGGGGUGGGGAGGGGAGGGGAAGGCUUCAAUACCAUCCUGAGGAGACCUCUUUUGUCAUUAAAUGGAAAUUAUAACAAGGCCAACUGGUUAGAUUUCAGUUGGUCCUAGGGCAGCCAAGUAAACGAUUGGUCUUUUUUUUUGGCAUCUGUUAUCCUCACAACCGCAAUGGGAGGUGCCCAGAAAUCAGAUGCAUGUGGUGGGUCUGGGACGGGGAAGAAAGCACCAGCUUGUACCCAGUCCAGUUGGCGCACAGAAUAAAUCCGGGAGCUUGUCAAGAUUUGACCGUUUGAACUGAUUGAAAGCUGCAAAAGACGAGGUAAAUAGAAACCAGCUUCACCAUUGUGGACGAGGUACCUGUCAUUAUUUUCCGUAUAAAGCUCCUCAGCUAAUUCCAGACUGGAACAAGCAUACUGGUUUCCCCGGAUGAGAUUCGCCGCUGUGUUAAUUUUACAAUUCAAAGGUUUUAAAAUUUUUUUUUACUCGGUGUUGAAUAAGUCCAAUGUUGUUAACGUGGCUGAUGUUGUACAGCCGUGUAAAAAGUUAUGUGAAUAGGAGUGCAUUUUUAAAUGCUACUCAGCGAUAUUAACCAGCAGAACGUUAUUAGUCUGAGUUUCAGAACAAUCACUGUGUGAGAAUAGUUAGGCUGACAGCACAAAAUAUUUUAGGAGGAACAUUCCAAAUUUCAAUCCUCAUUCCGGAUUUGCAAAUAUUUAUGUAAAUGCCUGUGUAAAUGGGGCUGGAGAAAUGUCCACUCAAGAAGAGAAAAAAAUUGUUUUAAGCACAUGCAUGAGUUUAUUUUUUUGUUUUGGGAUUUUUUAUAGAUAGUGCCAUGAGCCCUUUGAAGGCACGUGGUAGCAAGGAGUGUGGCUGGAGCUGCUCGUGGAUCGUAUCGUUAUGUUGGAUGUUCAGUAGCAGGUUCUAAAUGUUAGAUUAGGGCACUUUGUGUGUUAGCAAAUGUGGCUUGGUAUUUACAGCACAUUGAAUCAGGGUGCAAUCCCGUACUGUCUUGGUAUGUCAACCAAUCUGGAUUUCAUAUCCUGUGAUCUGAUUUUUUUUUAAUAGAAAUGAUUUUUCUAAACUUUUGUCUUUCUACAUCUAUUGUUUUGUAAGUUAAAAGUUCCUAAUGAAAAAAAAAUAAAGAGUACAACUUUAGAA